CUCACGAAGGCAGACGCAAAGUUUCGAUGGAGCGACGAACACGAGAAAGCAUUCAUCACCCUGAAGCAAGCCCUAACGAGUGCUCCAGUUUUGGCUCAUUACAGUCUCGAAGCCAAAACGCGAGUCGUAGUUGAUGCAUCACCAUGGGCGGUCGGCGCAGUUCUCCUGCAAGAGCAACAAGAUAGCUUUUAUCGUCCCGUAGCGUACGGAAGCAGAUCCUUGUCCGAGACAGAGCAAAAGUACGCCCAAAUCGAGAAAGAAUCGCUAGCGAUCGUGUUUGGAUGUGAACAUUUCCACAUGUACCUUUACGGACGAGAUUUCGAACUUGAAACCGACCACACCGACCCCUAG